UCACCUGUUGUUGAGUUGCUUUGUGUGUGGGGUGAAAUGGCAGAAGCGAGUGUUUCUUUGACUCAGGAUCAGUUCAUCUGUUCAAUCUGUCUGGAUCUACUGAAGGAUCCUGUGACCAUUCCCUGUGGACACAGUUACUGUAUGAGCUGUAUUACAAACUGCUGGGAUCAGGAUGAUCAGAAGAUAACCUACAGCUGCCCUCAGUGCAGACAGACAUUCAAUACAAGACCUGUUUUAGGUAAAAACACCAUGCUGGAUGAAGUGCUGGAGAUACUGAAGACUAAACUACAAGCUGCUCGUGCUCGUCCUGAUCAAUGUUUUGCUGAAGCUGGAGAUGUGGAGUGUGACGUCUGUACUGAGAGAAAACACAAAGCUGUCAAGUCCUGUCUGGUGUGUCUGAACUCUUACUGUCAAAAUCAUCUUGAACAACAUGAGAAUUUAUUCAAAGGCAAGAAGCACAACCUGAUAGACGCCACUGAACGACUUCAGGAGAUGAUCUGCCCUCAACAUGAUAAAGCCCUUGAGAUUUACUGUCGCACUGAUCAGCUCUGUAUAUGUUAUCUGUGUACGGUGGAUGAACACAAUAACCACGAGACUGUAUCAGCUGCAGCAGAGAGGACUGAGAAGCAGAAACAACUUAAGAAAAUACAAGAAAAAUACCAAGUGAGAAUCCAGGAGAGCGAGAAGAAGCUUCAGGAGCUGAGAGAUGCUGUGAAGACUCAUAAGCGCUCUGCACAGACAGCAGUGGACGACACUGAGAGGAUCUUUACUCAACUGAUCCAAACCAUUGAGAGAAGACGAUCUGAGGUGACACAGCUGAUCAGAGAUCAGGAAAAGACUGCAGUGAGUGAAGCUGAAGGACUCUUGAAGCGACUGGAGCAGGAGAUUGAUGAUCUGAGGAGGAGAGACGCUGAGCUGGAGCAGAUUUUACACACAGAUGAUCACACCCAUUUCCUCCAGAGUUUCAAAUCUCUAUCGGUCCCUCUUGGAUCUACAAACUCUAAGAAAAGAACAGUCAAUCCUCUUCCCUGUUUUGAUGAAUCUGUGUCUCAUCUGAGAGAGAAACUGGAACAUUUCUGCAGAGAAGAGAUUGAAACAAUAUCUGAUCGAGUUUCAUAUAUUACGAUAAUUGAGCUCCAAAUCAGGCAGGAGAUCCUAAAAUAUUAUGGUCAGUUCACACCGGAUCCAAACUCUGCACAUAAACGUCUCUGUCUGUCUGAGGGGAACAGAGUGAUUACUUACAGUAACACAGUCCAGCCGUAUCCUGAUCAUGCAGAGAGAUUUGAUGUUUAUCCUCAGGUGUUGUGUAGUGAGAGUGUGAGUGGACGCUGUUACUGGGAGGUUGAGUGGAGCGGUCAGGUGUAUAUAUCAGUGUCAUAUAAGAGCAUCAGCAGGAAGGGAGACAGUGAUGAUUGUAGAUUUGGAUGUAAUGAUCAGUCCUGGACUUUGUGCUGCUGUAAGUCCAGUUGUUCAUUCUGGCACAAUAACAUUGAGACUAAACUGCCAGUAGUGUCCAGAUCUUCUAGAAUAGGAGUUUAUGUGGAUCACAGGGCAGGAUCUCUGUCCUUCUACAGCGUCUCUGACACAAUGACCCUCAUCCACAGAGUCAACACCACAUUCACUAAACCUCUCUAUCCUGGGUUUAGAUUGGUUAGUUUGUUUAAAAAUUCAAAAGCAAAACUUUGUGAAAUGAAUACUACAGGUCCAUAAUGAACCCGUAACAGUAAGAUGUUGUGAAGUUUAUUAUUUUUUCCAAUUAAUAUAGAGCUGAACUCCUGUCAGGGAAAUAUCGUGUGACUUUAUUAAUGUUAUUAUCUUGGAUUAGUUUGAUGAAUUAUAAUUUUAUAAUGCAAAAGUAGGAAAUU